AUGGAUCAUACCAACAAUACUUCAGCAGCUGCAAGUGCACCAUCAUGGGAUGAUAGCAACAAUAACAACGGAACUGCUGAUUUUCCUCCUUUGGGUGGAAUAGUUGGUAUUAAACGUAAUCCAAAUAGAAUUCAAAGAGGGGAUCAACAACAACAACAACAAACACCACCUACCUUACCAUCUGAAACAGAGAUUGAUCAACAUACUCCUUCAUACAAUCUUCAAACUUAUCAUCCAUAUUAUGAAUCACAAUCUCAAAUUAAAAUUUUAACAAGAAAGAAAGAGAAUGUUCAAAAUGAUACUGUAACUCAAAAACAAACUAAAACACUUGAAGAGAAAAAGAAGGAUUAUGAAAAGCUAAGAGCUUUAUUAUUCAAUGAUGGUAAAUCAACAGAUGAUGAUACAAGUUCACCUUCAUCUACAAAGUCAUCGUCACCAGUAUAUAGUCCAAACAAUAACAACAUCAACACUACAUCUCCACCAGUAUCAAAUACUAGUCCUGUGAACAGCAGACACAAUCAAAAAGUAUAUUCACCUGGAUCAUUUAAACAAUCAAGAGAUAGAAAUGGUAGUGGAAACAAUAAUAAUAACAAUAACAAUAAUAAUAAUAAUAAUAAUGUUAGUGUUGGUGGUGCAAGUGGUAGCGACUCACCAACUUAUCAACAAAAUGGAAGACAACCAUUAGGACCAGAUGGAUCAAGAGGAUUUUCAAACCGAGGAGGUAGAGGAGGAAGAAGAGGUGGUGCUCCUCAAUAA